AUGGAAUAUCAGAUACUGAAAAUGUCUUCCUGCCUGUUCAUCCUUCUGUUUCUCACGCCUGGCAUUUUAUGCAUUUGUCCUCUCCAAUGUAUAUGCACAGAGAGGCACAGGCAUGUGGACUGUUCAGGCAGAAACUUGACUACAUUACCACCUGGACUGCAAGAGAACAUUAUAUAUUUAAACUUGUCUUAUAACCACUUUACUGAUCUGCAUAACCAGUUAACCCAAUAUACCAAUCUGAGGACCCUGGAUAUUUCAAACAACAGGCUUGAAAGUCUGCCUGCUCAGUUACCUCGGUCUCUCUGGAACAUGUCUGCUGCUAACAACAAUAUUAAACUUCUUGACAAAUCUGAUACUGCUUAUCAGUGGAACCUUAAAUACCUGGAUGUUUCUAAGAAUAUGCUGGAAAAAGUUGUUCUUAUUAAAAAUACCCUAAGAAGUCUUGAGGUUCUGAACCUCAGCAGUAACAAACUUUGGACAGUUCCAACCAACAUGCCUUCCAAACUACAUAUUGUGGACCUGUCUAAUAACUCACUGACACAAAUCCUUCCAGGGACAUUAAUAAGCCUGACAAAUCUCACACAUCUUUACCUACACAACAAUAAAUUCACAUUCAUUCCAGAUCAAUCUUUUGACCAACUCUUGCAGCUGCAAGAGAUAACACUUCAUAAUAACAGGUGGUCAUGUGACCAUAAACAAAACAUUACUUACUUACUGAAGUGGAUACUGGAAACAAAAGCCCAUGUGAUAGGGACUCCUUGUUCUGACCAAGUAUCUUCUCUGAAGGAACAGAGCAUGUACCCCACACCUCCUGGAUUUACCACAAGCUUAUUUACUAUCAGUGGGAUGCAGACUGUGGACACCAUUAACUCUUUGAGUAUGGUAACUCAACCCAAAGUGACCAAAAUACCCAAACACUAUCGAGGAAAGGAAACAACAUUUGGUGUCACACUAAGCAGAGAUACCACUUUUACUAGCACUGAUAAGGCUUUGGUGCCCUAUCCAGAAGACACAGCCACAGAAAUGACCAAUUCACAUGAAGCAGCAGCUGCAACUCUAACUAUUCACCUUCAAGACGGAAUGAUGUCAAACACAAGCCUCACUAGUGCAACAAAGUCAUCCCCAACACCCAUGACCCUAAGUAUCACUAGUGGCAUGCCAAAUAACUUCUCUGAAAUGCCUCAACAAAGCACAACCCUCAACUUACGGAGGGAAGAAACCACUGCAAAUGUAAAGACCCAAUUACCUUCUGUGGCUAGUACUUGGAAAGUAAAUGCUUCACUUCUCUUUAUGCUCAAUGCUGUGGUCAUGCUGGCUAGUUGA